AAACACGGAUUGUAGCACGUGCGAGAACAAAAAAUUGUUUCCUGGAUGAUUCGUUAUUUUAACGCUUACCGCGUAAGCAAGCUACACGAUCAAAAUCAUCAUCAUCAUCAUCACAAAAUCCAUAUCUCGCAAACCACGAUCCAAGAUCCUCUGUUUUUAAAAUCAUCAAAUAUCUUCUCUUUUCAUUCUAUCGAAAAUCAAUCACGAUGAGUUUCAUCUUCGGAAAGAGAAAAACUCCCGCAGAGCUUCUACGAGAAAACAAGAGGAUGUUGGACAAAUCAAUUAGGGAAAUUGAGCGGGAGAGGCAAGGUUUACAAACUCAAGAGAAGAAAUUGAUUGCGGAGAUAAAGAAAAGUGCUAAACAAGGCCAGAUGGGAGCUGUUAGAGUCAUGGCAAAAGAUCUUGUUCGAACAAGGCAUCAGAUUGAAAAGUUUUACAAGCUAAAAUCACAGCUGCAAGGUGUAUCACUUAGAAUUCAGACAUUGAAAUCAACACAAGCAAUGGGUGAGGCAAUGAAAGGUGUGACAAAGGCCAUGGGCCAAAUGAAUAGGCAGAUGAAUUUGCCAAAUUUGCAAAAAAUCAUGCAAGAAUUUGAAAGACAGAAUGAGAAGAUGGAACUGACGAUGGAAGUGAUGGGAGACGCAAUAGACGAUGCUUUGGAAGGGGAUGAAGAAGAGGAAGAAACAGACGAUCUUGUGAACCAAGUUCUUGAUGAGAUUGGAAUUGACAUAAACCAAGAGCUUGUAAAUGCACCAUCAUCAGCUGUUGCUGCCCCGGCUGCAAAGACUAAGGUACCUCAAGUUGAAACUGCUGCGGCCGAUGAUAGCGGGAUAGAUAGUGAUUUACAGGCAAGAUUAGACAACUUAAGAAAAAUGUAGUCUUUCAUCUAUGAUAUUGGGACUCGUAUGUAACGGCGGGAAGAAUGAACCUUAUUUGUACCAUAUACCUAUAAUUGACAAGUUGUGCUGUGAUUUGAUGAACCCAUGAUGAUUAUAAAUAUAUGUUGUUUUGUGUAAA